GAAACUCUUACCUUUGUCUAUGUCCGUUUUCAACGGAUACGCAUCUUCUAUUACGAGUGGAAAUGAACUAUAGAUCUCGUAAGAAGUUGUGGGUUUUGCUCGGAGUUCCCAACAAUGGCGCCUAAAGCUGAUGCUUCCAAGAAGGCUGAUCCUAAGGCACAGGCUGCUAAGGCAGCCAAGGCUGUGAAAUCAGGGCCAACCUUCAACAGGAAGGCCAAGAAAAUCAGGACUAAGGUCACCUUUCACCGCCCCAGGACUCUCAAGAAGGAGAGGAACCCCAAGUAUCCGCGAAUCAGUGCACCUCCAAGGAACAAGCUUGACCAUUACCAGAUUUUGAAGUUCCCAUUAACUACCGAGUCUGCAAUGAAGAAGAUCGAGGACAACAACACCCUUGUCUUCAUUGUUGACCUCCGUGCCGAUAAGAAGAAGAUCAAAGCUGCUGUCAAGAAGAUGUACGACAUUCAGGCCAAGAAAGUUAACACCUUGAUCAGGGCCAGAUGGAACCAAGAAGGCUUAUGUCAGGUUGACUCCAGACUAUGAUGCCUUGGAUGUGGCAAACAAGAUUGGGAUUAUCUAAGUUCCAUUCUUUUUGUAGCUACUGCUUCUCAGACUCUGAGCAUUAUUCCAAGAUUUUGACAGUUUUGUUAGUUAUAUGGUGUUAGCAGUGUUCAUCCAUGUCUGUACCUGUCUUUCCAUAGAUGUUUGGAGUAUUCAAGUUUUCAGUUUACGACAUUUUCAUUUUGAAGUUCCAUAU